GUUCCUAACGGUCCAGGGACCAGGACAGCGUCUGGAAUAAAAUCUUCCAAACUUCCGCCUGCGGAGACCCGCUCCCUUCCUCACCCCCACAGAAACGCCCCCCGCCACCACCCCCUCCCCCGGCGUAGGCCUUCACGCUGUCGCCUCGACCCGUUUCUUCGAAUCCCCAGGGAAGGGUGGGCCCCUGGCGCCCCUACGGCCCGCCGCCCCCUUACCACCGCGGUCGGAGCCCGGGUCUCACUCUCCUGCCGCUGUUUCGGGCCACACCGUGUGUCCGUGCCUCCGCAAAGGAAUAGAAGAGUGGGUCCUCGCUCUCUGCGGCGCACCGCUUGUCCCUUGACUUCCUGUCCAUCUACAAAGCCUAUUUCAUGUUUUCCAGAAAGAAAACAUUUUCCGUGUCUCUUGAGUCCUCAUCGCCAUAUGCGGGGCCGGACCGAUCUAUGCAAAAGAUCGCAAGAGAAAACUGAUGGAGCAUCGGCCAUCAUGAGGCUGCUCUCCCGAUGGUCACUGAGUUGUGUUGUGGCACUGUCUUUGUACAAAGACACCAAUUUUUGCGAACGGUGCCACUCAUGAUUCAACGCUCUUAUGCCUCGGUCCCACCUGCUGCAGCGCAGAUUUUCCCCCAAGGGUUAGAAGAUAGAAAACUCCUCGGUAAUUGGCCUAGAGGUGGUCUGCGAGGACGCCGGGAAGCUUGUAAUUGGCUGUUUAAUUCUCAGCAGGAUAUAAGUCAAAGAGUACAGCAGAAAAUGUCUACUGAACGGACUUCUUGGACAAGCCUGUCCACCAUUCAGAAAAUAGCCCUGGGCCUUGGGAUCCCAGCCAGUGCAACAGUUGCCUAUAUCCUAUACCGCAGGUAUAGGGAAAGCAGAGAAGAGCGGCUGACAUUUGUUGGGGAAGAUGACAUUGAGAUAGAGAUGCGGGUUCCCCAGGAGGCUGUGAAACUCAUCAUUGGCCGGCAAGGAGCCAAUAUUAAACAGCUGCGGAAACAGACAGGUGCUCGGAUUGAUGUGGACACAGAGGAUGUAGGCGAUGAGCGAGUGCUGCUUAUCAGUGGUUUUCCUGUUCAGGUGUGCAAGGCCAAAGCAGCAAUCCAUCAGAUCCUGACAGAGAAUACCCCAGUGUCUGAGCAGCUUUCAGUUCCCCAGAGAUCUGUGGGCAGAAUCAUAGGGAGAGGCGGCGAGACAAUUCGUUCUAUCUGUAAGGCCUCUGGAGCCAAAAUUACCUGUGACAAAGAAUCAGAAGGGACAUUACUACUAUCAAGACUUAUAAAAAUCUCAGGAACACAGAAGGAAGUGGCAGCAGCCAAGCAUUUGAUACUGGAGAAAGUUUCAGAAGAUGAAGAACUUCGGAAGAGAAUUGCUCAUUCUGCAGAAACCAGGGUCCCACGCAAACAGCCAAUCAGUGUGAGAAGAGAAGACGUGACAGAGCCAGGUGGAGCUGGAGAGCCAGCUUUAUGGAAAAACACCAGUUCUAGCAUGGAGCCGACUGCACCCCUGGUGACUCCUCCACCCAAAGGAGGAGGCGACAUGGCUGUGGUAGUGUCAAAGGAAGGUUCCUGGGAGAAACCUAGUGAUGACAGCUUUCAGAAGUCUGGAGCCCAGGCCAUCCCAGAGAUGUCCAUGUUUGAAAUCCCCAGUCCUGACUUCAGUUUUCAUGCUGAUGAGUACCUAGAAGUCUACGUUUCUGCUUCUGAGCACCCUAACCACUUCUGGAUCCAGAUCGUUGGCUCCCGCAGCCUGCAAUUGGAUAAGCUUGUCAAUGAGAUGACCCAGCACUAUGAGAAUAGUGUGCCUGAAGACUUGACUGUGCAUGUAGGAGACAUUGUAGCAGCACCUUUACCUACAAAUGGUUCCUGGUAUCGAGCCCGGGUCCUCGGCACCUUGGAGAAUGGGAACUUGGACCUCUAUUUUGUUGACUUUGGAGAUAAUGGAGAUUGCCCACUGAAGGACCUCAGGGCUCUCAGGAGUGACUUCCUAAGCCUUCCAUUUCAAGCAAUAGAAUGUAGUCUGGCACGGAUCGCUCCCUCAGGUGACCAGUGGGAAGAGGAAGCUUUGGAUGAGUUUGAUAGACUCACUCAUUGUGCUGACUGGAAGCCUCUGGUAGCCAAGAUCUCUAGCUAUGUCCAGACUGGGAUCUCAACUUGGCCAAAGAUCUACUUAUAUGAUACUAGCAAUGGGAAGAAACUUGAUAUUGGGCUAGAAUUAGUACACAAAGGAUACGCAAUUGAGCUUCCUGAAGACAUAGAAGAAAACAGAGCUGUCCCAGACAUGUUGAAGGACAUGGCCACAGAAACAGAUGCCUCUCUCAGCACGUUGCUCACUGAGACCAAAAAGAGCUCUGGAGAGAGAACACAUACCCUGUCCUGCCUCAGCUUAUCAGAAGCUGCUUCCAUGUCUGGUGAUGAUAACCUUGAAGAUGACUACUUACUCUGAAGUCUGGGCUUCAGCUUGCUCAGCCAUCUGCUUUGCUGUGUGAGUGCAGCUAUCAUCUAUCUGUAGCAACAGGAAAGUAAUGAGGGUGACAGUGGGGCACUUGCUUUGAUUCCCUCUUUCCCGUGCCCUGUCUUAAUAUACUUCUCUGCAGCUGCUUUCCUGCAGCUUAACUUGCUCUCAGAUUGAGCACUUUCAAGCUUUUUGUGUAUUUCUGUCUUUGGCAGGAUUUGGCAUAGGAAUUGGUGCGUGGAGGAGAGGAGUGUAUGAUAAAGGAUCCAUGCAGUCCUUCCUUUAUUACACAUAUAGUCUGGCUUGCUGUGGACCAAAUUAAUAUUCUCCUCCCAUCAGACUACAAAAAAAUUGGACUACCACACUACAAGUGUGUCUCCCCCAUCCCACCUCCUGAUCCCUCCCCAACCCUCCAGUGUUUGAAUACUGCUGUGUUACUUCCAGGCUGUUCAACGUCAGGCUCAGUCCCCUCUACCAGUCAUGAUGCACAUUACUACUAGGCUGUAUCCUUUUCGAGGCUGGGAAACAGUCAGGCUUUCGUCAUUGGAAGUGAUUCUGCAGACUUCUGACUCACCUUAUCAGGUGACUCUGGUUAAGGAAAGCUUUUGAGUGGUGAACUCAAAGACUCCAGUUGAAUCAGGAGGCAAAGGCAAAAAUUAGCAUAAUUAUAUUUAAAAGCCUCAGGAAGUGGGAAGAGAAUACUGCCUCCCAGCCUCAAUUGCUGAUAUGUUAUUGGAGACAGGCUUUUGAAACUGCUCCAGCUAUUUCUCUGUAACCUUUAGUUAAAAUACAAGUAGAAAGGAGACAGGAGGCUCAGGAAAUUUUCUAAAUUGCUAGUAUAAUAUCUAUAUGUAUACACACAUAUACACCCGUGGAGAGAGAGGAAGAGUAUACAGUCCUGUUUGAAUCAUUUGGAGGAUUUUUUUGCUGAAUAAAGUUCUCAAGAAAAUUUUCUAAAACCAAA